GAAUGGGUGAGUGCGGACUUACAUUUUUAACUUAUUUCUGUCGCGUGUUGGAGUGUGCUGUGGGCGCCCGGAUGCCAUAACUGAAGGAGUGCUGCUGGCCUGCUUUCCUCGCUUUCUUUCUGACUCAUUGAGGCACUCCCAAUUCUCUCUCUUUGAAAUGGAUUAAAUAUGCAUAAGACAAGUCUGUUUAUCGCUGUGUGUUGUUGGCCCUGGAUUACUGCAGUUACAUGGGCACUAGUCUUUGGCUAAUUGGCACGCCGGGGCACUGUGUGUGUGUGUGAGGCAAUUGGGGAAUUAUUAGGGUUCUUAUUGCCGCUCUACAUAGAAGAUCAGUGACAAGGUCAAGUGUAUUUCCCAGCAUUGUGAUUGUUGCACAAUAAAGUCUGUGCUUUUGCCCCAUCAGUCUCUGAAGCUCAUGGGGUACAAGAUGUGAUCCUGAAACCUACCCCCGUGCCAUUGGCUAAUGCUGGCAGUGAGGAGGGAAUCCAGAGAAGUUUGGAAAUAACCUCACACCUUACGUUACCAAAUCUCAUCUCCUGGUGCUCAGUGAUGGGGGAAUCGGCACCCCCCAGUCCAGUGUAUGAAGAAUGUCACCGGCACACAAGAAUUACGUUCCGCAGGACAAGCCCUUGCAAUUGUAUUCAGUGCUUGGUGCAACGUUUCGUGGACACUCCCCUUUGUCCCCUUUUGCUUGACAAAGGGGAGUGUCCCCGAAAUGUUUAUUGACACCUGAAACGAUUCUUUAUAUCCACUAAUUUGGGGGUUUGUGGCUGUGCAGAGCCAAUGAGAUGAGAGAUUGGAAGUCUCUGGCCCCCGAGUGCUGAAUAAAGUCACAAUUAGUGGUGCCGUGGGAAUGACCCAGUUGAUUAUCUGCUUAUUGGCUCUCACAUUCCUGCCCGACACCUUCCCCUUCUGGUGCUGAGCCUCCCUCCCAUUAUCUGUGCCAGAGCCUCACUUUAUAAGGGAAUGUGUCAUUGGGAACAAUCAGAAGAGAAGUUAUUUUAGGCACCGGAACCUUGUGUCCCCCCCCAGCAUCAUCUGCCAGUGAAACUCCCCCAGUGCUCCCAGUAAAUGGGGGUUAUACACAAUGGGUUGGUGGGAUUAUGUUACACAGAACUACAUGUACAGCCUGGAGGCAAUUCUCUUACUGCUGAAAGUUCUAUAAUUGCCCCACUCAAUGGCCAUGCCCCUCACUGACCCCCACUGCUGAUUCCACACGGGACAUAUGCAUUUUUCCUCUUUACUCCUACACCUUCUUCUUUACUCCUGCAUCUUCUACUGCCUCCUGCUCCUCCCUCUUUACUCCUGCACAUUACUCCUUUUGCCUGCUCUUUCUGCUUUGCACCUGCGCCUUCCUCUUUACACCUGCUCCUUCCUCUUUACACCUGCUCCUUCUUCCUCUCUUUGCACCUUCCUCUUGUCUCCUGCACUGACUCUUCUGCAUUGUCCACUCAGUUUUUCAUCCUACCUUGCUUUCCCUCCCUCCUCACAUCCCCUUUUUUCUUAUACAUCUCCCUCCCAAUUCUCCUCAUCCCUCCAAACCUUCCUCACUCCCCCCCAUGCUUUGAUCUUCCUCUUCCCCACACUUUCCUCUCUCUUCUCAUUCUGCCCAUUCAGAGUUCCUCCAGCUCCUCCUGCACCUGCUUUUCUAUACUUCCCCCUGUAUCUUCCUCUCCCUUCUCUGUCCUUCUGCAUCUUCUUCCCCACGUGCCUCUACCUCACACCAUCCUGCCCCUGAUCUUCCCUGUACCCCUUCUUCUCCUUGUACCCCCUGUAGUUCCGUCAACUUGCACACUCCUCUUCCUCCAUUCUACACCAUUUCCCACCCCCCAUACUCAGUUUUUGUUCCUUCCCAGCCAUUCUGUGUGUCCUACAAGUUUCCUCCUCACUGUUCGCACUCAAGCUGUUGAUUGUGCCCAUGGCCUCCCCUCCUCCCAGUAUCUCUUCAUGUUGCCCCUGGGCUCCUGUGUGUGGCCGCACCUGCCUGGCUCAGCUUCCAGUUUGUGUCUCAGAGGAGCUGCUCCAUCAUUUAUCAGUGUUGGAGACUGUCUCACAAGACACAAGAAUGUCAGGAAACAGGACAGUUUGGGAGCAGCUCCUGUACACGUACCCCGAGUGUGAUGGCUGGAAGCAUUAUAUGGAGGGGGCCAUUUACCACCUGGCAAAUCUUCUUCUCCUUCUUGGGUUUAUGGGUGGCAGUGGUAUCUUUGGAUGCAUCUAUAUUUUUGGACUUCUAGCCAGUGGCUUCCUGUGUGUUGCCCUGUGGGGCUGGCUCUCUGCCUGUGGGGUGGACAUAUUUGUAUGGAAUCUGUUGCUGCUGCUCAUAUGCCUGGCUCAGAUUUCCCAUCUUUUGUACCGGCUGAGGCAGGAGUCCUAUGGGGAGCACUAUGAUUCCCUCUAUCGCACACUCUACCAGCCCCUACAGGUGCCACUGGAAGUCUUCAAGGAGAUUGCCCACUGCAGUGGAAUGGAGGUCCACCACUUGAGCGCAGACCAAAGCUAUGCCCUGGAGGGGAAGACACCUAUUGAGCGCCUGUCUCUGCUACUUUCUGGGAGGGUGAAGGUGAGUCUGGAAGGCCAGUUCCUGCAUUAUAUCUUCCCAUACCAAUUCCUAGACUCCCCAGAGUGGGAAUCCCUACGUCCCACUGAGGAAGGAUCAUUCCAGGUCACCCUCACUGCAGAGACAGACUGCACCUUUGUCAGCUGGCCCCGGAAGAGGCUUUACCUGCUUUUGGCCAAGGAGAAGUACAUUACCCGACUUUUCUCUCUGCUUCUUGGCUUUGACAUCUCUCAGAAACUCUACGCCCUCAAUGACAAGCUCUUUGCCAAGUUUGGCCUCCGCUUUGAUAUCCGUCUGCCGAGUCUCUACCACGUUCUGGGCCCAUGCUCAGACUCUUCUGGGGAAAUUGCACCUGCCAUAGAGUCUUCUCUAAUGUCACGCGAUCCACCUCCCAUACAAAAGAUGGCACCAUCCCUACCUCAGCAAGCACCAAUCAGCAGGGACCACCGGCCAGAGAGUGGCAUUCUGGGUGAGGAUUCCACCAGUCUAAUCAUGGAGGAUUUUGCUGAGCUGCCUGGUUCCUAUAUGGAUUAUGUGAGCGAGGGAGAGUAUAUGAAGUGAGAGGGGGCCAGGCAGUAGGUAUGGCAGCUCCCU